ACGUUCACAUCAAGAACAAUCGGAAUGCAGAGGCAUAGGGGUGGUGGAGAAUGGUAUCUUUAAUUGAUUCGAGGUGACAGAAACGGGGUGGUGAGAGACACAUACAGAGAGAUUACAAUGAGGAAUCGGAAUUUAGUUUAUCAUCGGGGCUUAAAUUGUGUCGAGUUCUAACACAAUAUUUGGGAAUGUAAAGGCGCUGAAAAUGUGGGUCUCUGGAUUCUCAUGGUGGAUGCCCAUUGUCUGCUUGGCAGGUGUGUCCCUUGGUGUUCAAGUGACCAUUUCAGAACAGAAAAAAAUAGCUAUGUUGUUCCAGCCUGUCGUUCUACAUUGUCAGUAUUCAACUACAUCUGCCCAACAACCAGUGGUACAGUGGCGCUUUAAAUCAUACUGCAAGGACCGUACUAGAGAUGCCUUCAGCAUUCACAGCACAGCUGCACACGUCAUCAGCCAGAAAGAACAGAGUCCUACGUGGGACCCAUAUCUAGACUGUGCAGACAACAGUCGUACUGUCCGAAUUGUGGCUUCCCGUCAGGGUUCUGCAGUCACCUUAGGCGAGUACUACAAAGGACGAGAAAUCACCAUUAUCAAUAAUGCAGAUCUCCAGAUUGGAAGGUUACACUGGGGAGAUAGUGGGGCUUAUUACUGCUCUGUUAUCACUCCAGAUGACAUUGUGGGUAACAGUGAACAAAGAAUGGAGCUCCUUGUGUUGGGUAGGAGUGAAGUGGUUGCAGAUCUCUUGCCCAGUUUUGAUGUAGAGAUUAUGCCAGAGUGGGCAUUUGUUGCUUUAGUGCUCUCAGGAUCUCUAAUAUUCCUCAUCUUACUUGGUGUAUGCUGGUGCCAGUGCUGUCCUCACACAUGCUGUUGUUAUGUCCGCUGCCCAUGUUGUCCAGAGUCUUGCUGUUGCCCUCGAGCCUUGUACGCAGCUGGGAAAGCAGUAAAAGCUGGACAUCUUCCCAAUGUUGCAGCCUAUCCAUCGUACUACAUCCCUAGGGUACCCAUAUCACCAAGUGUAAUUGAUUCAAAGCCUCUGCCUCCAACUGCGCGUGUGGACAAUGAUAUGGGAGGAUCUGUACGAAGUGGCUACAGGAUUCAAGCCAACAAAGAGCAAGACUCCAUGAAGGUCCUUUAUUAUGUAGAAAAGGAACUGGCACAAUUUGACCCCUCUCGGAGAAAAUAUGAACAAUCCAGUAACAUGUCGGAGCUAAGUUCACUUCACGAUCAGGACAGUGAUUUCCGCCAGACCUUUCCUCAGACUCGAAAACAAGUGCUCCCUGCAAUUACUGCCCAGGACGAUGACUCAGCAUUCAGGGGUCAGCUGACAAGAGGAUCGGGACAUUUCAAGAACAGAGAAAGACGCGAUGACGAACCUUGCAGUAGCAGGUCACGGUCUCGAUCUCGAUCUUGUGAAAGACAAAGGAUUGAAUUCCAUGACAAAGACCAAACGAGGUCACUGGAUGAACUUGAACAAUUUGCAGAAUCAUACCAUUACAAGGGGAGGAGGGGUAAUUCCCUAGAGCCGGAAAGGUGGGAGAGAAAAAGUACUGACAGAGGGGAUUAUUAUAGAGCACUCAGAGACCGGUAUCACUAUCAAGAUAGCUCUUUGGAUGAUUACUAUAACAAAAGGAGUCGAAGCAGGAAUGAGCGGUAUGAUACUGAUCAGGGACAUAUUUAUAAUAGUCAAAGGAAGAGAGAUAGGCAAGAAGAAUAUCCACUAAGGUGCACAAAUGAGGGCAUCAGAGCUUAUGAUGAUGCUUUUAUGAGCAAUGUUUUGGAGAGAAAAGCCAAAUGUAAAUCUUACAAUGAGAGCUAUGGCAGUGAAACCCCUUCCAAAACCAGCAUCAAGCGAGGGAAUGACCAUUACUAUGGGAAACCUCCAAGCUACAGGGCAGAAGAGGAAGAGACACUGCCUCCAUACUCUGAAAUGCACUUGCAGAGGCUUAGGCCAGAAGAACUGGCAGGAAAAGCCUACUACCAGAAAAUGGAAUGCAGUCAUGAGAGGAAAGAACAAACAAGGCAGAAGAAAGCUAAUCAUUUCCCAGCCAGAGAUGCUCUUGUGGUGUGAAACUAAAAAGAAUUAAGUGAAGAUUCUGUUUCCAAGAUGGUACUGCUUGACAAAUGAGAAAUGCCAAGGAUUUCAGAAUGUUGGGGACAUCAUCUGUUCUACAUGGGAACUUUACAAUACUUGAUAAAAUGGAUUGCAAAACACUCGGAACUGACUACUACAGUUCCAUAUUUUAAAGUAUUAUGAGUCUCUGGGAGAUUUGUCAGAUUGGUUUACAUGUACAGUAUUAAAGUGGUGGCUUUAUUACCUACCACAAUUUAUGUGACGGUUGAUGACAUUCUAGAACUUAGGAACCAAAUUUUUGUUUUGGAUUACCAAUUCAAUACAGCGGAGUGUGAACAUUACCUUAUCCAUUUGGUCCAGACACUAGGUGGCAUUAUAAAAUUUCAAAUAAACCGUAGAAUCAUGAAAUUUUAUAGUACAGAAAAAAUAAAUCAUCUAGCUAAACACCACCUAUGCUAUUCCUCUGAAGGAACUAUUUUACUUAGUUACCUUCCUAAGUUCUUUGAACUAUUUUCUUGUUUCAAAUAUUUAUGCAUCUUCCCUUUAAACACAGCUAUGGAACCAGUUUUGCAACUAUUACUGCUGUAGAAUCCCAUGCCUUAACCAAUCCAAACAAAUUAUUUCCUUAAUUCCUAGUUGUGUUGGUGAUAAAAUUAAAUCUAUGCCCUGCUCAUUUACUGAACAGUACCAUUCUGUUUACUUAUUAAUUAUUCUCAAAUUGAACAUUGCUCUUUGAUAUCUUUUUAUAAUUUUCUUUCAUCCAAUGAAACAGCCCAGUUCCUUAGUUUCUCCUGAGAACUAACCAAUUAGAAUAAAUUUUCAUCUAUUGAAUUCCAUCAAUCAAUGCCUAAACAUUCUCAAUAUCAUUCAAGUCCAAUGUUACAAUCCUGGGCAGUACACUUCUCCAAUUCUGUGGCCACCUGCAAUAAUAUUAACACCAUAAUUUAUCCUCUUAGUGGCUUUCUCACGUCUUCUUGCUUUGAUACUCUAGCAUAAGAACUAGGAGCAGGAGUGGGCCAUCUGUCCCCUCAAGCCUGCCACACCAUUUACUAAGAUCGUGGCUGAUCUUUUUGACACUCAGCUCUACUUACCUGCCCACUCACCAUAACCCUUAAUUAAUUUACUGUUCAAAGAUUUAUCUAGCCUUGUGUUGAAAACAUUUAGUGAGGUAGCUUCAACCACUUCACUGGGCAGGGAAUUCCACAGAAUUUGGGUGAAGAAGUUCCUCCUGACCUCAGUCCUACAUCUGCUUCCCUUUAUUUUGAGGCGAUGCCCUCUGGUCCUAGUUUCACCUGCUAGCGGAAACAAUCUCCCUGCCUCCACUUUAUCUAUUCCCUUCAUAAUCUUAUAUGUUUCUUUAAGAUCUCCCCUCAUUCUUCUGAAUUCCAAUGAGUAUAAUCCCAGUCAAUUUAGUCUCUCCUCAUAAUCCAACCCUCUCAACUCUGGAAUCAACAUGUUAUAUGUAUACCAAUCUCACAUGUCCACAGUUACCUAAUAUAAAUAUCUCUCUGCUGCCUCUAAUCAAGAGACUAAAAUCCAUUUAUCUCUUUAUCCAACACAACCCAUGUCUGGACCACUUCCAGUUGUAUUAUUGUUCUCACACUCUUCUCAAAACUUCAUUGGUGAGCAGAAACAACUUCUCAACCAUAACUUUAUCUACAAACUUCAAUAUCUCUUGCUCUCACAAUAUCUCCUUGUUUGCAUCCAAUAUUGGGGGAAUUCAUUUAGCAGCCACUGAUCCUCAAUCUGGUAUUCCAAACUUCCAGCUUCCAAUUCUGCCAUCCAUUAUUGCCCUGACCUAACUUUUCACUUUCUCUCCGUAUUCCCCCCCAAAACCAUGCCAUCCCCAUAAAACUGUGGAUGUCUUCUCUCUUUUUCAAGACCCUCAAUGUCUGGCUACUGUCCAAUCAAUAUGCAAAGAUCUUAUUCAUCAAAAUCUCAAAUGACACAUUUAUGGCAUAAUUGUUACUCAACAGCUUUCCUGAUUCUCCAUAUCCCUACUUUAUCUGAUCCUAGCUUUUCUCCUUUGAAGCCCUCCUACAGGGUACUGCACUCCUUUGGUUUCUUUUGAUGUAUUUAGGAGUCACACAACACCAGGUUAUAGUUCAAUAGGUUUAGGCUCCAUCAGGUGAAGUGAUGUAACUUUUGAUGUAAUUAUGGCAAUAUAUUUAUGGCAGCAGCUGCUCCUGCUGUCCAUCAUCUCUGGUAUAUACAAAUCAUUGGGCUCCCCUCUUUUCACCCUAUCUUCACCAUACAGGCAAAUGGGGUUAUUUUCCUAUAUGCUGACAAGCUGUAUGCUAACUUCAGUUCCCUUCCACUGGCCCGUUACUUUCUUUCAAGACCUGAAUGAACUAAAAUGAACUGCAGCUAAAUGCCAGCAAAACAUAAGAAAUCCUCUUAAAAUUCUAGUCAAUAGCUCGAUGGUUCUGGCUUGGAUCCUGUCAGUGUCUUUGGUCAUGAUUUUAAGCUCAGUCAAUUUGACACUUGUUUGUUAAUGAUCUCACGUCCCUUCUCUCUUUACAACAAAUGCAAACUGUGGGGUUUCUUCUAACCCCAGCUUUCCUUUACACAAAUAAUCUUAAAUCUUUCAAUUUCUCUCAAUAAAGUAUAAAAUCAUUAUAAUAAUUGAUUUUAAAAUACUAUCCAUUUAAUGAAAUUCAUUACAACAAACAAUUACAAAAUAUUAAGUUUCUUUGGAUUUUAAGGAAGUUAUCUUCUGUCAAUCUCAAAACAUUGUGAAUCUUUUCUAAUUCUGUUGUCUUAAGGUUAGGCUCAUUGAAUCUACAGAUGUUUCUAAUUCGACUCACUAUAUGUGGUAAUCCAACAUCAUAGACAAUUCAUUUAUAAUUUGUAUAUUUUGUGAAUUAGUAAAAUGCCCCAUUAACGUUUUCUCCAUACAUCUCUUGCCUCAGGUCUAUCCAAGAGAAACAGUAAAUGAGCAGUCUGGUGGUGAAGAUGUCUAAGGGUUGAACAUAGUUCUUGAAGCUACCUGAUAAAAUCUUCGUUAAACCAAAUUUUAUUUAACUUUACAUUUUAUCAAAUCUGUUUCCUUAUUUCAUACAGGGUAAAUGUAAAAGCAAAAUGGCAAAACAAAGAUCUGUAAAUAGUAGAUCCUGAUUUUGAUUAAUUAUUUGUAUGCGAAUUGUUGUCCCAGUGUUCCUCAAUUCCCCCCACCUCACUACAUACCUCUCCAGGGCCUUACUUAUUUUGCAGUCAAGUAGCCGGUUUCGCAGCUUAUUUGCCGCAUUGCCCAAAAAGAUUCCCAUAUAAAUUUUACAACCCUUUGCUUAGCUAAGAUUCAGAGCACACUGAAGUAGAUAUAAAAUGUUUCCUGACACUCAGACAAGAUGCACUCAGAACCUCAAAGUUUUUCCUUUUUAAUCUGAAUAAGAUACCAACAUAAGUAACCUAUUGUUCCAAGCUGUAUGCAAGAGCUUUUUCAACUUAACAGUCAAUCAUCUUUAGUAGCUACUCUCUGUUUUCAUUUCAGACUAAAUUCUUGCAUUCUCAGAUUCAUAAAAUCCAAAACGUCCAAAUUACAAUAUGUCAAUAAAGUUUCUACUUAAAUCUGGUUGGUAAUUUGAUGUAAGAAUAGCCUGGGUUGAAUUUCAGGAGUAGACUCGUACUUUAAAAAAUGAACAGAUUAGCUAUCGUAUUUAUUUGGAGCUAAGUAUUUUCUUUCUCGUGAUUAGUAUUAGAUAGCUUGAUUAAAAUGGAACAGUUGGAGGUAUGAUAAUCACACUCCACUAUAAAAUGGGGCUAAUUCCAAUGACAAUCUUAUAGAAGCAAAAAAAAAAAUCAGCAAUACAAACUAUCAGAUCUGUCUCCUACAUGUUCAUAUAUGCCAAUCUUUCUUACAAGAUUUGAACAUUUGCAAUCAAUGGACAGGAAAAGACCCACUGGUCUACCCAGUUUGUCCCACACAACUGCAAUGCCUUGUGCAUUACAAUAUCAAGACUCCCACCUCACCCAAGAACCAUGUAACUUUCUGGGAGAGGCCAUAUAUAUAUAUAUAUACAUAUAUAUAAUUAACAUGUUCAAGGAUGGGUCUAUUAGAGUGCCUGUCGAGUAUUAAUUCCACCUUCUGUCAUUGGUGAUGUUAAAAAAUGGCUGUAAUUUCUUGUAGUUGUUAUCUGAGAAUAGUGUUGUUAUGUCUGGUGACUUACUUUAUCCAUCUGACAGUAGUAGUAGAUUUAAAACAUUGUCAGGUACUUGAUAUUUAGUCAGGUAUUUAAUAUUUUACUAACUAUUGUGUUUAAUUUUCACCACUUUCUGAAUGCUAGUAAGAGAAUAUCAUUAUUGCUUUAGAAGAGGUUGGCUGAGUGUCAUUCCAAAACUCUUCUAGAUUUCCUCUUUGACAUACACUGAUAAGAAAAUAAGACUAUUUACAUUAGCAACAUUUUCUGUAUGUAUUUCUCUCUGAAUACCUCUUAUGAUUGUACCUACUGUGUGAUACUGGCAGCCAAAGUUUUACAAUGUUCAUUUUAUUAUUGUUGUUUUAGAAGAAAAAUAGAUAUAAAACGCAAAAUAGUAGCAUUUUUGGUUAAUUUGGUUGACCUGGUAACUAGGAAAAUGGAGGGCUGCCUGUAUCUCAGUACUGCAUUGGAAGGAAACCAUUUCUGCCUAUGUAGUCUGUAUGGAAUAACCUACUAGUUAGUCAAACACAACACAAUGGGCCUUAUUUAAUAUUUUGCUUGCUGCCAGCAUGAUCUGCAAAAUGAUUUCAAAACUGCUUGAAACAGAAUUGGAAAUUCUGAAUGGGUGUAACAUUCUCCUCCAAAAUGUAUGAAAGUCACAUGUUAUACCAUCUCGAUAAGAAAACCUAUCACAAAAGUGUCAACAUUUACAUACACCAGUUACAACCAUAUGUGAUACGGUGAAAGCAUUCCUCAAUGUUAAUUUUCACACAAUGUUAGUGGAUAAAGGAAUAGCUCCCGUGCUGCAUAUUGAGAGUUAAGACCAAACAAUUUUGUUCAGUUUCAGUGUAGUUUCUGUUCUGACCUGAUCAUUUGAAAUGCACUACAAAACAGCCUUUUUCCUUUAAGCCACUGUUUCAAACAUAGUCAUGUUGGUAAUAGUGAGAAAAGGUACAUUUUGAACAUUAAGACAUCAAAAUAAUUCAUAGAAUAGCUUUUCUUUGUUACCUUGCAGUUCUCCUGAAUUUUGCCCACUUUGCCUGCAGUAUGUGUCUUUUCAGAAUUGUGCCACAGCCAGUUUCUGCAAAUGGUCACUGGCUGAUAUGCCUUUCUCAUUAAUCAGCAACCAAACAGUCAUUGCCCUUAAUGCCCUCACAUGUAAAAAUAUCAGCCUACUGCCAUUCACAUGACCUCACUGCCAUCCCUUAAGGCCCAGACAAAAUACUUAAUUUUGUCUCCAUAUGCUGAUGGGUUCCGUGGUCUGCUUGAAAAUUGCCCUCCCAGCAAUCUCUCUCUGCACUGAAUGAUACAGCAUCACUUGCCCAUUGUCACCUGCCUUCCAUGAACACUCAUCUAAGCAAACAUCUGCUGCCCAUCAUCAUUGAAGCAUCUACCCACACUUUAGGCACAAUCCUAAUGGGUGCCAUGAUCACUGUAUUACCCUGCCAUCUGACACUGGCUGAAAGGUCAGUUGGAAACCCACGCAUGAUCCUGACAGCUAACAUGCAGCAAUCACAUUACUCCAAGGCAAGCCUUCCAUCACUUACGAGGAAAUCCUGCAGUAGAGAACCUCCAGUCCAAUUGGGCAGCAGUCAUGUUGUCCUAGAAGUUAGUAAACAAUGUAGAAGAGCCAGGACUGACAGUUAAGUCCAAGUUUAGGAAUGAUAGUGAGGGAUGAGUCAGAAUGAGCAGCCGAAUGUGGUUGUUGGAGGACCCCAAUUCAAGACAACAAGAGGAGGGGUUAAGUAUGCAGAAGAUCAGUAGUGGGGUUGAGUGUUGGUGGGGGUGCUGCCUCUAAAGAAGUGCAUCUGAGUGACCUUCUAAAGCGAUUUACCUUCACUCCCCAAAAACAUUUCCUGACAUCAGGCAUCUUGCAUGGCAUGAACCUCACCUCACCCACGGAUAAAAUAUUCCAGAGCUGAGAUGAGCCAAUCAGCAAUUUGAGGAAUGCUGUAGAUCCAGAAUAGGGUACUGUCCAAUGCCAACCUCCACCCUCCUGUAAAUUUUAAACAAGUGCAUGUGUGGACAACUGGAAGAGCACCUACUAGAUUUUAAGUGCCCCCACAAAUCUUAAACCUGCCAGCAAGGGGUCAUAAAGUCGGCUCUCUGUGGCCUUUUACUUCACUAGAAAUAGCAUGCCUUCCCCCAAACUCCAGCACCCCCCCCAUCCCCAAUUACUGAGCAGCAUUAUUGUAAUUCCCUCACCCACUGUGCAGAGCUGUUUAUCUCCCAUGCAUCACUUUGCAAUAUUCCUAUUCACCCACAAUCUCACCCCAUUCUGUUUAACGUGCAUCAGGUCCAAUCCUUUAUUUAUAAUGUCUACUUUCGCUCCCCAUCAAGAAUCCUUGAAUGCCCUUUAAUGCACCAUUUAAGAUCUUUUUAGUUUUAAGAUUUUCACAAUAAUUUACUUUAGCCUCAGCCAAUAGCAUUUCAAUUCAGCAGGACGACUUCUUCCCAUUGUCAUAUUGAGUUGUACACUCACCGGAUCCACUGAACAGUACCUCAGCUAGUUUUCCUCUUUCCCCAUUUUCUCCCACUAUCCUCACCAUUCUCACAAUCUCAUUAUUUUAUAUCUGAGCAGAGCUACCCCCAACCUUCAAUAUUAUUUAACCUAAAUACAGUACAUGUUUUUGACUUCCCAUGUGCAAUGUCAUUGGCAGGUUGAUGAGUUUAACUUUUUUUGCAUCUGGAACAUGUGACUGCAAGUUUCGUCAAAUGAUUUCAGUCACCUAUCUGGUUCCAAUGUUGGAAAUAAACAAAACCAAUGAAUAAGAUCCUUCAUCUCAAUUUGGGCACAUUGUUGUAUUAUUUAUCUACAUAACGAUAGUAGAAAAUCGUAGGGUCACUCUGACACAGAAAGAGAUGAUUUGCCCAUCAAAUUCAUUUUGACUCAUAUAGGGCCAUCUCAGUAGGCACACCUCCUGGUUGAGACUUCACAUUUUCCAAACCAACAUGCUCCUAAUCUUUUAAGUGUUAUAAACUCCAAGUUACUUCAAAUUCCAUUAUUUCAGUUGCUUUUACUAGUUGCUGAAAACCAGAUACCUCAUGUUCUAUAGUUAAAAUUUUAAUUCUUUACAUGAAAAAUUAUGUUUUAAGAGUCAUUGAGGGGUAACUUUUCACACAGAGGGUGGUGCAUGUAUGUAAGGAGCUGCCAGAGAAAGUGAUGGAGGCAAUACAAUUACAACAUUUAAUAGACGACUAGAUAGAUAUAUGAACAGGAUGGUUUUAUAGGCAUAUGGGCCAAAUGCUCGCAAAUAGGAUUAGGUCAGAUUGGGAUAUCUGGUCAGCGUGGACGAGUUGGAUUGAAGGGUCUGUUUCCAUGCUGUAUGAAUCUAUGACUAUGAAUAAUGAGCUAGAUGUUCCCAAUAUCAUUCUGGAGCUACCAUUCCCAAAGCCUCACUGAGUCUAUCUAUUAAGGAGUAAACUAUACAGCUGAGAAAGUCUCAUUCAUUCUUGAGCCAAGCCUUGUUAACUGUAUUGACGGCAAUGAUGCACGAGUAUCCUUAGCAGCUGGGGGAAAGGGGAAAAUUGACCAACGUUUCCUGAUAACAAUUGCUGCCCACUGACCUUCUGCUGAAACACAAAUAUCCAACUUACCUCAAUUGUAACACUCCAUGUGACUAAACAACCUUUUGACAUUACCAAGGUUUAUCUAUGAAGAUGGCUAUUUUAAGGUCUACUAGAAGACAGCUAGUUCAUGCGAAAAGAGGAAAAAAUUGCUGGAGGAAAUUGAAAGAAAAUCCACACUUGACAAUAAUAGUUACCAAAGUUGACAUUUUCAGCACUAAUUCAAAGGUUGUGAGUAAGAACAUCAUAUUACUUUAAAAGGAUCAUUUAAUUUCUCAGCUUCUCCCUUACCUUCCUCUAUCUCCCCAACUAAAGGCAUAUACCAUCUUGGAGAACUGUUCAUAAUUUAAGACGUACUCCCAGAAAUGUAUCUCAAUUCCAUCUAUAAGCAUUGGCAUGGUAUUAGAUUACAGUACUAUACUUACUAACACAGAAUUACCACAACUGUGAUCAGCAAAAACAAGUUUAUGCUGGUGUAAGAAAAUAUUGCAUUGAACCCAAUAAAAUCCUUCAAACAGGGAUUGAUUAAUUCCUCUACAAAGUUGUUGUGGUGCCUUUUAAAAGCUGAACCUAUCACUGACUUAUCUCAAAGCAGGAAUUCUUAUUAUGGUGCAUAUUGUACUUGCGUUCAGUAUUGAUUCAAGUAAUGUGUAGCAGGUUGGAUGUACUGUAGAAGAACAUGCCAUAUGAAAUAGUGUCAUUUGUUUAUUGAUUCAAGCAACAUAAAAUGUAUUUAAUUAAUCUUGAUCAAAGUUAAAGAUGGUUAUUUUGGACACUGUUGCUGGAGUCUGUCUCUAAUUAUUGACUUUUAAAAAGGAAAGGGAUCUUCACUGAGGCAGAACGUAGUGAAGUGUCUUAACAUUGUCAAAGAUUGGCAAGUGACUUAUCUCUCAGAAUUUGAAAAUGAAAGUCUGAGUAAUAGUUGUGUAUUUCUUACCUCUAAGACUUCUAGACAAAGGGAACAAUUUUAAGAGCAUCUAUAGUCUACAGAGGUACAUGUUAUUUGAGGUUUGCGUAAUAAUUGUAUUUUGAAUGGUGUUAAAAUGACUUUUACUAUUAAAUUUCUUUAAAAUCUUACA